AAAAGAUUCCAUUUACACAUAUAACUGGAUACUCUUUCUUCCAGUCGUUGGUAGCUGUGGUUUUCCUAAAAGGCCCGUUCAUAUCUCUCUCCUUCGCCUUCCUUUCUUGCGUUUUUCCGCACAUUCUCAUUUUAUUUUCAAUUCUCCAACUAAAUCAUGACGAUUGGUUCUGCAGGAUCCAGCGUCGUCGUUCCCAGAAACUUUCGGUUGCUGGAAGAACUGGAAUGUGGCGAGAAAGGGAUUGGAGAUGGGAGUGUGAGCUAUGGGAUGGAUGACAGUGAUGAUAUUUACAUGCGCUCUUGGACGGGAACUAUAAUUGGUCCUCAUAAUAGCGUACAUGAAGGCCGCAUUUAUCAGUUGAAGCUCUUCUGCGACAAAGAUUACCCAGAGAAACCUCCAAGUGUGCGCUUCCAUACUCGGAUCAGCAUGACUUGUGUGAAUCCUGAGUCUGGAGUGGUUGAACCAAAAAAGUUUGGAAUGUUGGCUAAUUGGCAGAGAGAUUACACUAUGGAGGACAUUCUUACUCAGCUGAGGAAAGAAAUGGCUGCACCCUACAACCGGAAACUUGUUCAACCUCCAGAAGGCACCUAUUUCUAGUUGAACCUCUGGUUCACUGCUAAUCUUUCCUGGUUGAGAAGGCAGGUUUGAAACAACAGCAUCCGAAUUGGCAGGCUUAAACUAAUUCACUACAUUGUUUUAAGUAUGUCUUCUUAAUAUAUGGAACAAGUCUUGAAGGGAAAAAAUGUCCUGUAUUGCGUGUUUGUUGUCUUCAAUAGAGCUAUCUAAGCGUGUAUUCGAAUUCGUAUUCGUGUGUACGACACUUUUUAACUGAGACUUAAAAUGUGAAAUCUUAGUGAACUGCCACUGGUCUUUGUAAUCUUUAUGCUGAUUGCUGAGCUAAUAUGUACUUUUAAAUCUUUACAAUGUUGAGAAUUUGUUUUGUA